AUGGCCACCCUCCAGUCGGAGACUGACUGCUACGACAUCAUCGAAGUGCUGGGCAAGGGCACGUUUGGGGAGGUGGCCAAGGGCUGGCGGCGGAGCACAGGCGAGAUGGUGGCCAUCAAGAUCCUCAAGAACGAUGCUUACCGCAACCGCAUCAUCAAGAACGAGCUGAAGCUUCUGCGCUGCAUGCGGGGCCUGGACCCCGACGAGGCCCACGUCAUCCGCUUCCUCGAGUUCUUCCACGAUGCCCUCAAGUUCUACCUGGUCUUCGAGCUGCUCGAGCAAAACCUCUUCGAGUUUCAGAAGGAGAACAACUUUGCGCCUCUCCCCGCCCGCCACAUCCGCACAGUCACGCUGCAGGUGCUCCGGGCCCUGGCCCGCCUCAAGGAGCUGGCCAUCAUCCACGCCGACCUCAAGCCCGAGAACAUCAUGCUGGUGGACCAGACGCGCUGCCCUUUCAGAGUCAAGGUGAUUGACUUUGGCUCUGCCAGCAUUUUCAGUGAAGUUCGUUAUGUGAAGGAGCCCUACAUCCAGUCGCGCUUCUACCGGGCCCCCGAGAUCCUGCUGGGGCUGCCCUUCUGUGAGAAGGUAGACGUGUGGUCUCUGGGCUGUGUCAUGGCCGAGCUGCACCUGGGCUGGCCCCUCUACCCGGGCAACAACGAGUAUGACCAGGUGCGCUACAUCUGUGAGACCCAGGGUCUGCCCAAGCCUCACCUGCUGCACGCCGCCCGCAAGACCCACCACUUCUUCAAGCGCAACCCUCAUCCCGAUGCCACCAGCCCCUGGCAGCUCAAGUCCUCAGCCGACUACCUGGCCGAGACCAAGGUGCGGCCCCUGGAGCGCCGCAAGUACAUGCUCAAGUCCCUGGACCAGAUCGAGACGGUGAACGGCGGCGGCGCGGCCGGGCGCCUGCCCUUCCCGGACCGCGAGGCGCUGGCCGAGCACGCGGACCUCAAGAGCAUGGUGGAGCUCAUCAAGCGGAUGCUCACGUGGGAGUCACACGAGCGCAUCAGCCCCAGCGCCGCGCUGCGCCACCCCUUCGUGUCCAUGCAGCAGCUGCGCAGCGCGCACGAGGGCACCCGCUACUACCAGCUGUCCCUGCGUGGCUGCCGCCUGUCGCUGCAGGUAGACGGCAAGGUCCCCGCGGCCCUGGACGACGGGCCCCCCUACUACCGCCUGGCCGAGGAGGAGGAGGCGGCGGCGGCCGCGGGCCUGGGCAGCGGGCCCUUCUUCCGCGAGGAGAAGGCGCCGGGCAUGCAGCGGGCCAUCGACCAGCUGGACGACCUGAGCCUGAAGGAGGCGGGCUGCGGGCUGUGGGGGGAGCCCCGCGCCGACGCCGCCGUGCCCGACCUGCUGGCCCCGCUCAAGGGCGCGGUGGCCACCGGGCGGCGCGGACCCGACGCGGGCCCCGAGCCCAUCCUGGCCUUCUACGGCAGCCGCCUGGCCGGCCGCCACAAGGCCCGCAAGGCCCCCGCGGGCUCCAAGUCCGACUCCAACUUCAGCAACCUCAUCCGCCUGGGCCAGGCCACGCCCGACGAGGACGGGCCGCGCCGGGCCAGCGGCUGGGCCGAGGGAGAGCGCCGUGGGGCCUCCGCCGAGCCGCCCACCCUCCCGCACCGGGACGGCGACGGGCCGGACAUCAAGGACCUGAACGUGGACGCGGAGCGGCCGGGCGCUGAGCUCUUUGACCCCAGUAGCUGCCCUGGAGAAUGGCUGAGCGACACAGAGUGGACCCUAGAGGGCAUCAGGGGGCCCCGGGCCCAGGGCCUGCAGCCCCGCCACAUCCACCCGCACGGGCCGCCCCGGGCCACCAGCUUCCUGCAGCAUGUCGGCGGGCACCACUGA